UGCGUUCGUCGCUCACCGCUCGCCAGACCUGCCUACACGGACUGGGUGGCGGUGGACUCCCGCAGAAAAAAACGGGCAGGAUUAAAAAAGCGGGGCAGGGGAGUGCAGGAGCUCUUGAGGGAGCCGAGCGGAGAGAGCUAGUAGCAGGGGAGCGGUGAAGAGAAGGCAGCAGGACGUCGCGGUGUGUUAGCCUGGAGGUUGGACCGUUCAUUUCAUCCACACACUUUGAGUCUGCGUCGGAGGGAGAAGUGCGGUGCUCGAGCGCCUCGCGUCGUGAAGCCUGUCACCGCCUCGCGAGGAGGACCGGCUACUACAGAACUGAGAUUGGGAGACGGGGAGAGGGAACUCACACACACGUACACACACACGUCCGUUUCGUAGAAGCACGGAAAACACGGCGACAUGGACCCAUAUGACGAUGACGAUGACCAGGUGUACAUGCAACAGGAGGACAGCUGGGACCGGGACCUGCUGCUGGACCCGGCCUGGGAGAAGCAGCAGAGAAAGACAUUCACAGCGUGGUGUAACUCCCACCUCAGGAAGGCAGGGACCCAGAUAGACAACAUCGAGGAGGACUUCAGGGACGGCCUGAAGCUCAUGCUGCUGCUGGAGGUCAUCUCAGGCGAGCGCCUGGCCAAGCCGGAGAGAGGGAAGAUGAGGGUGCACAAGAUCUCCAACGUGAACAAGGCGCUGGACUUCAUCGCCGGCAAGGGGGUGAAGCUGGUGUCCAUCGGCGCAGAAGAGAUCGUCGACGGCAACGCCAAGAUGACCCUGGGAAUGAUCUGGACCAUCAUCCUUCGCUUCGCCAUCCAGGACAUCUCCGUGGAAGAGACUUCAGCCAAAGAAGGACUCCUUCUGUGGUGCCAGAGGAAAACAGCGCCCUACAAGAACGUCAACAUCCAGAACUUCCACAUCAGCUGGAAGGACGGUCUUGGCUUCUGUGCUCUGAUUCAUCGGCAUCGCCCCGAGCUCAUCGAUUAUGGAAAACUGCGCAAGGAUGAUCCCAUGACCAACCUGAACACAGCCUUCGAGGUGGCAGAGAAGUACCUGGACAUCCCCAAGAUGCUGGAUGCAGAAGACAUCGUGGGCACCGCUCGCCCGGACCAGAAGGCCAUCAUGACCUACGUCUCCAGCUUCUACCACGCCUUCUCCGGCGCCCAGAAGGCGGAGACGGCAGCCAAUCGGAUCUGCAAGGUCCUGGCGGUGAACCAGGAGAACGAGCAGCUGAUGGAGGACUACGAGAAGCUAGCCAGUGAUCUGCUGGAGUGGAUCCGGAGAACCGUGCCCUGGCUGGAGAACCGCGCCCCGGAGAACACCAUGCAGGCCAUGCAGCAGAAGCUGGAGGACUUCCGAGACUACCGGCGGCAGCACAAGCCCCCCAAGGUGCAGGAGAAGUGCCAGCUGGAGAUCAACUUCAACACCCUGCAGACCAAGCUGCGGCUCAGCAACAGGCCCGCCUUCAUGCCCUCCGAGGGCAAGAUGGUCUCGGACAUCUCCAACGCGUGGGGCGGUCUGGAGGGCGCGGAGAAGGGCUACGAGGAGUGGCUGCUGAACGAGAUCCGCCGGCUGGAGAGACUCGACCACCUGGCCGAGAAGUUCCGGCAGAAGGCGGCCAUCCACGAGGCCUGGACCCACGGUAAGGAGGAGAUGCUGCAGCACCGCGACUACGAGACCGCCUCCCUGUCCGAGAUCAAGGCGCUGCUGAAGAAGCACGAGGCCUUCGAGAGCGACCUGGCAGCCCACCAGGACCGCGUGGAGCAGAUCGCCGCCAUCGCACAGGAGCUGAAUGAGCUGGACUACUAUGACUCUCCCAGUGUGAACGCUCGCUGCCAGCGGAUCUGUGACCAGUGGGACGGACUGGGAAACAUGACCCAGAAACGCAGUGAGGCCCUGCAGAGAACCGAGAAGCUCCUGGAGACCAUCGACCAGCUGUACCUGGAGUUCGCCAAGCGGGCCGCGCCCUUCAACAACUGGAUGGAGGGCGCCAUGGAGGAUCUGCAGGACACCUUCAUCGUCCACACCAUCGAGGAGAUCCAGGGCCUGAGCACCGCCCACGAGCAGUUCAAGGCCACGCUGCCCGAGGCGGACAAGGAGCGGCAGGCCAUCCUGGGCAUCCACAACGAGAUCGCCAAGAUCGUGCAGACCUACCACGUCAACAUAGCCGGCAGCAACCCCUACACCGCCAUCGACCCCCAGGAGGUCAACGCCAAGUGGGACAAGGUGAGGCAGUUGGUGCCCCAGAGGGACCAGGCCCUGAUCGAGGAGCACGCGCGGCAGCAGAACAACGAGAGGCUGCGCCGGCAGUUCGCUAACCAGGCUAACGUCAUCGGGCCCUGGAUCCAGACCAAGAUGGAGGAGAUCGGCCGCAUCUCCAUCGAGAUGCACGGCACCCUGGAGGACCAGCUCACGCACCUGCGGCAGUACGAGAAGAACAUCGUCAACUACAAGCCCAAGAUCGACCAACUGGAGGGAGACCACCAGCUCAUCCAGGAGGCCCUCAUCUUCGACAACAAGCACACCAACUACACCAUGGAGCACAUCCGCGUGGGCUGGGAGCAGCUGUUGACCACCAUCGCCCGCACCAUCAACGAGAUCGAGAACCAGAUCCUGACCCGCGACGCCAAGGGCAUCAGCCAGGAGCAGAUGAACGAGUUCCGCGCCUCCUUCAACCACUUCGACCGGGACCACUCAGGCACGCUGGGGGCCGAGGAGUUCAAGGCCUGCCUGAUCAGCCUGGGCUUCGAUAUCGCCAACGAUUCACAGAAGAGAACAGGGAUGAUGGAUGCUGAGGACUACAAAACCUGCCUCAUCUCCAUGGGUUACAGCCUGGGAGAAGCGGAGUUCUCGCGCAUCAUGAGCAUCGUGGACCCCAACAGGAUGGGCGUGGUCACCUUCCAGGCCUUCAUCGACUUCAUGUCCCGCGAGACAGCCGACACGGACACCGCCGACCAGGUCAUGGCCUCCUUCAAGGUCCUGGCCGGGGACAAGAGCUACAUCCUGGCGGACGAGCUGCGGCGGGAGCUGCCCCCGGACCAGGCCGAGUACUGCAUCGCCCGCAUGGCCCCGUACACGGGGCCCGAUGGGGCCCCCGGGGCCCUGGACUACAUGUCCUUCUCCACUGCGCUGUAUGGCGAGAGCGACCUCUGAGGGGGCCCCCGGGGGGGACGCGCGUCCGGGACGCGGGGUCUUCGUCGUCGCACGUUGUCGUCGUCGCCGUCGCCAUCAUCAUCAUCGUCAUCAUCGACAUCCUCCCUCCCCCCGCCCCCCUCGACUGUCCCGCUCGCCGCGUGUCCAAUCACAGCAUUGCAUCGCACACACACUCCCCCCCCCCCCCCUCCUUCUCCUCCUCUUCUCCCCCUUCUCCUAUCCCCCCCCCCCCCCCCCCCCCCAAGCUCGUUUUGUACACCUUUGGCCUUAUCUUGUUGUCAUAUCCCUCCAUGGCCUGUGUCCUCCUCCCUCUUCCUCCUCCCUCCUCCUCCUCCUCCUCCUCCUCCUUCUCUCUGACUCCCCUAACCUCCUCACACUCCUCCCUCACGCUCUGAGUCUGUUGUUUAGUGCUUUUCACAAGAGAGAGGAAGGAGGGAGAGAGAGCUAGG